AUGCGAUCACGGCUCUCGAUCGCCCUCUCUGCGAUCUUGUUGACCAAUCUCUGCCAGUCACGCUCGAGUUCGGACUGGCGGCCAUGGACAGCAGACCAUACGCCAGAUUACAAAUUGGUGGCCACUGCUGAGAACACCACCAUUAACUGCUUGUCCAGAUAUUCCGUCAUUUUCAACGGUACCAUUCCGGGCCCUCCUCUACAUAUGAAAGAGAACUAUACAACUUGGGUACGUGUUUACAACAACAUCGAGGACCAGAAUCUCACAGUGCACUGGCAUGGUCUGAGUCAAAGGGCCGACAUCUUCUCUGAUGGCACACCACAGGUAUCCCAAUGGCCAAUUGCUCCCUUCAAUUACUUUGACUAUGCGAUCACUCCUCACGUGGGCGAUGCUGGAUCUUACUUCUACCAUUCUCAUAUCGGUAUGCAAGCUCUUACGGCGUCAGGUGUGCUCAUAGUAGAUGAUAUCGAAGCCGAUCCACUCCCAUAUCCCUACGACCAUGACAUCUCUUUGCUGUUCCAGGACUUUUACAACAAGAACGACUCGAUAAUGGAAGCAGGCCUCAUCAGGAAUCCUUUUCAGUGGACCGGCGAACCAGAAGCGAUACUCAUCAAUGGAAGAUCUGGUAAUUCAUCUUUCAGCAAUGCAUCCGACGCAACAUGCACUCCGGAAGUGAUCAGAAUCAGUCCAGGAGAAAGCUAUCGUAUACGCCUGAUCAGCAACACUGCAUUGUCCUUCGUUACACUCGGAGUCGAGGAUCACAACAACUUGACGAUCAUCGAGGCCGAUGGAGAGUACACGAAGCCUUGGAGUACAGAUCAUAUUCAGAUAGGGUCGGGACAGCGCUUCAGUCUAUUAUUUCAGGCAAAGUCAGAACAGGAACUGCGUACGGCAAACAAGACCCAAUUCUGGCUCAGAUAUGAGAAUCGAGACAGACCAACCAACGUUUCAGGCUAUGCACUACUUCAGUAUGAGCUGGGCUACCAAACUCUGCCGUCAAGUCUACCAGAGAGACCUCCAGUCAGGUUGCCCACCGACAGGAAGAACAUCACUACCUGGUCCGAGUAUGCACUCGAAUCUCUCAACCCCGCAAGCGCAAAGGACUUCCCAACACUCUCAGAAGUCACCAGAACAGUCUACGUCACCAUGGGCCAAAUCAUCCGCGACGGCUUCUACAAUGGCUCCUUCCACGGCAUCGUCCAAUGGGCACAAAACAACCUCGUCUACCAAACAGAAUCCUCUCAACGCAACAACACCAUCCCCUACCUCAUCCAAGUCUACACAACCGGCACAACACCAAACUACACCGCCGCCCUCGCCAACAACGGCUGGGACCCCACAUCCAACAACCACGCCUUCCCCGCUCUCGUCGGCGAAGUCCUCGAUAUAGUCUGGCUAUCUAAUUCCGGCCCAACUGGUGGCUGGGAUUUCCACCCCAUGCACGCCCACGGCGCCCACUAUUACGAUAUAGGAAGCGGUAACGGCACCUGCAACGCCACAGCCAACGAACUCCAUUUCAAAAACUAUACGCCUGCGAAACGAGAUACGACCAUGCUGCAUCGCUACGCAGUCAGUGGCGAGAAAAACACGACGGCGGGCUGGAGGGCGUGGAGGAUCAGAGUCACGGAGGAUAAUGUUGGAGCAUGGAUGAUGCAUUGUCAUAUUUUGGCGCAUAUGUAUAUGGGGAGUCAGACGGUUUGGGUGUUUGGUGAUGCAGCGAGUAUUUUGAACAAGUUUCCGGUGCAGCCGUAUGUUGAUGGGUAUUUGAAUUUUGGGGGAGAUGCGUAUGGGAAUGAGUCGUAUGAUCCGUUUGCUGAUGGGGUUUAUCGGAGGAGGAGGUGA